CGGUGGAGGUGAGGGGCGGAAAUAACUUAGUGCAUUGUGAAUUUAGGAUUGUUACAGCUUUUGGGAAGAAAAUGCUUUUGAAUAUGAAACAUCUGCAGGCAUGAAGCGGACAGCAGUCACUGCAAAGAAAACAAUAUAAAUGAGUUUGUAUCGGCUGGACGUUUCCAGGAGCCAAGUUAGGAACGUCUCUAUGGGAAGAACAAUCAGACCAUUCAACUCGUUUUUGAACAGCUGUAAUAAACAAUGGAUGGAUGAACAUUGAGAAGUGAAUAUUGACCUGUUUGUUUUCAGGCUGACCCUGAAGCUCUGGACCAGGACGGUUUGGUAGAAGACGAUGAUGGAACCACUGAAGGAAAACAUUUCUUCACAUGAAUACUUCAUCUUCAGUGGCUUCAGUGAACUUGGAGCUCUGAAAUCCUUCAUUUCUAUCCCCUUCCUGAUUCUGUUCUUUGUGUCUCUGUUUGCCAACUCCCUGCUGAUCUAUGUGGUCAUUUCACAGAGGAGCCUCCACUCCCCGAUGUACAUCCUCAUCGCCUGCUUGUCAUUUGUUGAUAUGUGCCUGCCACUGAUUCUCAUCCCCAACCUGUUGCUGAACGUCUUGUUCAACUCGAGCGGGAUCUCUCUGAGCGGCUGCCUGGUUCAGAUGUUUUUGAUUCACAUGUUAGGCGCUUGUCAGUCGGCUCUUCUGGUCUGGAUGGCAUUGGACCGAUACUUUGCCAUCUGCAGGCCCCUUUCCUACCAUGAUCACAUGUCUUUACCUGGAUUCCUCGGGUUUGUGAUUCCUCUUCUGGUCAGGAAUGUGGUCAUGAUCGUGACAGUGGUGAUUCUGGCAGGUAAAGUGUCGUUUUGCUUCAGGAAUGUGAUAAACCACUGUGUCUGUGAACACAUGGCCUUGGUGGAGUUGGGCUGUGGCAGCACAGCCAUUAACAGUCUGGUUGGGUUGAUGACUGUGUUCCUGGUCACUGUGUUUGAUUUCUUGUGCAUCACCGCUUCAUAUAUAAUCAUAUUCUGCUCUGUGCUGCGUUCAGGUAAAUCCAGCGCUAAAGCUCUGCACACCUGCUUCACUCACAUCAUCGUCAUGGUCAUCAGUUUGACCUUCGUUCUCACAGCUUUCCUGUCGUAUCGGACCAGAAACAGCCUUCCAAAUGCUGGCCGUCUUUCUGUUAGCAUCAUGUACCUGUUUCUGCCGAGCUGCUUCAACCCAAUUAUCUACGGCAUCAGAACCACCGAGAUCCAAAAACACAUCUGGAGGACGCUGUCAUUUCGCAAGCUGUGACUUACAGCUGAAAAAUGAUUUACAUAUUGUUUAUUAAUAAAAAUGUUUCAAACUUUUGCUUGAUAACAUUUCAGUUUUUAAGAGGAUUUUACUCCAACAGUCCAAAAUAUUGUGAUAUUUGUAAAGAAUCACUUUAAGUCUAAACUCUGAGCCCAGGCUGUGGCCACAUUUAUUGUAGAAGCUGUUUUUAAACCUUAUUUGUUCUGAUCCAGCAGCUUCAUGGCUGAAUCUAACUUUACUUAUCAACCAACAAACCAGCACCUGGUCUG